GCUGCUGCUGCUGCUGCUGCUGCUGCUGGGCGCGGGCACCGCGCGGAGCCCAGGCCCCGCCGCCGGGCUCUCCGCUCGGCCGAGGGGCGCCCGAGCCGCCGCGGCGCUCGUCCGGAAAAGUUUCCCCGCCCGGGCUCCCCAGGAGCCUGCAGACCUCCGCCCGCAGCCCUGCCCGUCUCAGCCCCAUGUCCCCACCAGUCAGCCCCGGGCCACAGGCAGUGAAUGGGUCCGCGGGAGCCGACGCCCUGUGACCAGGCCUAGAAGACGGGGGCUCCGGGGUCCCAGCCGUCUGUCCCCUCCAUGGAGCUGAGGCCCUGGGUGCUAUGCGUGGUAGCAGCAGGAGUCUUGGUCCUGCUGGCCGCUGAUGCCCGUGGCCAGCAGGUCUUCACCAACACCUGGGCUGUGUGCGUUCCUGGAGGUCCUGCCGUGGCUGACAGCGUGGCACGCAAGCAUGGGUUCCUCAACCUGGGCCAGAUCUUCGGUGACUAUUACCACUUCUGGCAUCGAGCAGUGACGAAGCGGUCCCUGUUGCCUCACCGCCUGCGGCACACCCGGCUGCAGAGGGAGCCUCAGGUACAGUGGCUGGAGCAGCAGGUGGCAAAGCGCAGGACCAAACGGGACCUGUACCAGGAGCCCACAGACCCCAAGUUUCCCCAGCAGUGGUACCUGUCCGGCGUCACCCAGCGGGACCUGAAUGUGAAGGAGGCCUGGGCUCAGGGCUACACCGGGCGUGGGAUUGUGGUCUCCAUUCUGGACGACGGCAUAGAGAAGAACCACCCGGACUUGGCAGGCAAUUAUGAUCCUGGGGCCAGCUUCGACGUCAACGACCAGGACCCUGACCCCCAGCCUCGGUACACACAGAUGAAUGACAACAGGCACGGCACCCGGUGUGCAGGCGAGGUGGCCGCAGUGGCCAACAACGGCGUCUGUGGCGUGGGCGUGGCCUACAAUGCCCGCAUUGGAGGGGUGCGCAUGCUGGACGGCGAAGUGACAGACGCCGUGGAGGCGCGCUCGCUGGGCCUGAACCCCAACCACAUCCACAUCUACAGUGCCAGCUGGGGCCCCGAGGACGACGGCAAGACCGUGGAUGGGCCGGCCCGUCUUGCUGAGGAGGCCUUCUUCCGUGGGGUCAGCCAGGGCCGCGGGGGGCUGGGCUCCAUCUUUGUCUGGGCCUCGGGGAACGGGGGCCGGGAGCAUGACAGCUGCAACUGCGAUGGCUACACCAACAGCAUCUACACGCUGUCCAUCAGCAGCGCCACGCAGUUCGGCAACGUGCCCUGGUACAGCGAGGCCUGCUCGUCCACGCUGGCCACCACCUACAGCAGCGGCAACCAGAACGAGAAGCAGAUUGUGACCACUGACUUGCGGCAGAAGUGUACAGAGUCUCACACGGGCACCUCAGCCUCUGCCCCCUUGGCAGCUGGCAUCAUUGCUCUCACGCUGGAGGCCAAUAAGAAUCUUACCUGGCGGGACAUGCAGCACCUGGUGGUACGGACCUCAAAGCCAGCCCACCUCAACGCCAACGACUGGGCCACCAAUGGGGUGGGCCGGAAAGUGAGUCACUCGUAUGGCUACGGGCUGCUGGACGCAGGUGCUAUGGUGACCCUGGCCCAGAACUGGACAUCGGUGGCGCCCCAGCGGAAGUGCAUCAUCGAAAUCCUCACUGAGCCCAAGGACAUUGGGAAGCGGCUAGAGGUGCGGAAGACUGUGGCCGCCUGCCUGGGGGAGCCCAACCACGUCACCCGGCUGGAGCAUGCUCAGGCGAGGCUUACCCUGUCCUACAAUCGCCGUGGUGACCUGGCCAUCCACCUGGUCAGCCCCAUGGGUACCCGCUCCACCCUGCUGGCUGCCAGGCCGCAUGACUACUCCGCUGACGGGUUUAAUGACUGGGCCUUCAUGACAACACAUUCCUGGGAUGAGGACCCCUCUGGCGAGUGGGCCCUGGAGAUCGAGAACACCAGCGAAGCCAACAACUAUGGGACACUGACCAAGUUCACCCUUGUGCUGUACGGCACAGCCCCCGAGGGGCUGCCCGUGCCUCCGGAGAGCAGCGGCUGCAAGACCCUCACGUCCAGCCAGGCCUGCGUGGUGUGCGAGGAAGGCUUCUCCCUGCACCGGAAGAGCUGCGUCCAGCACUGCCCGCCGGGCUUCACUCCCCAAGUCCUCGAUACCCACUACAGCACGGAGAACGAUGUGGAGACCAUCCGGGCCAGCGUCUGCGCCCCCUGCCACACCUCGUGUGCCACAUGCCAGGGGCUGGCCCCCACCGACUGCCUCAGCUGCCCCAGCCACGCCUCCCUGGACCCUGUGCAGCUGACAUGCUCUCGGCAAAGCCAGAGCAGCCGCGAGUCCCCGCAGCAGCAGCCGCCGCCCCGGCCGCCCCCGGAGGUGGGGGUGGGGGCGGGGCCGCGGCUCUGGGCCGGGCUGCCGCCUUCGCACCUGCCCGAGGUGGUGGCCGGCCUCAGCUGCGCCUUCAUCGUGCUGGUCUUCGUCACUGUCUUCCUGGUCCUGCAGCUGCGCUCCGGCCUCAGCUUCCGGGGGGUGAAAGUGUACACCAUGGACCGAGGCCUCAUCUCCUACAAGGGGCUGCCCCCCGAGGCCUGGCAGGAGGAGGGCCCGUCCGACUCAGAAGAGGACGAGGCCCGGGGCGAGAGGACCGCCUUUAUCAAAGACCAGAGCGCCCUUUGACGAGCGCCCACUGCCCGCCCCUCCAGGCCCACCCCCUCCUCGGGCACUUUUUAAUUCACCAAAGUAUUUUUUUAUCUUGGGACUGGGUUUGGACCCCAGCUGGGAGACAAGAGGGGCAGAGACUGCUUCCCAUACCCUCGGGCCACCUGGCAACCUGAGGUGGGGCCCCGGGACCAGCGCCCUCGCGCGCGGAGGAAGGAGUGAGCCCUUAGGGCAGCUUUCCGAGGCCCAGGCCCAGCGGAGCUCCUGCGGGGUGAGGUGGGGGCAGCCCUGCUCUUGGGGGUUCCUGACCCCGGCUGCACUUCUGCCCCUUCCUGUCCUCGAAAGCAAUAAUGGUCCCCAUCCAGGCAGCAGGGGGGCUGGCCUAGGCGGUCCUGGAAAGAAGGCCACCUCUCCAAGGGCUUUUGCAUCCCCGGCCCUGUCCCCACGGCUGGUGAGCCUCAGGCAGAAGUGAUCGAAGGAAGGGCUCACGGCAGGGCAGGUGCUCCAGGGUCUGCACGCCUGUGUGCGUGUGUGUGUGUGUGUGUGUGCUCGUCCCUCUGCCCCCUCCACAGCUGGCAGCCCGCUGGGCGCGGCUGGCCCAGGCAAAGCCCCGUGCUGGUCCCUGACCACCCUCCCUGGCACCCCCCUUCCGCUGGGGCCUAAGUCCCUGUUUUCUGAGCCCGGGGCUGCCUGGGCUGUUGGCACUCAGCCUUGGAGCCCCUGGGUGGGUGGUGGGGAGGGACGGUGGCCCAGCCGGCCUCUCCCACCUCCCACCCAAUGCUGCUUUCCCCUGUGGGGAUCUCAGGGGCUGUUUGAGGAUAUAUUUUCACUUUGUGAUUAUUUCACUUUAGAUGCUGAUUUUUUUUUUUGUAUUUUUAACGGGGGUAGCAGCUGGACCCCCCACCUUCCCUUACCCUCUGUCCACCCUGCUGUUCCCCUGGCUCCCCUGGCCCUGAGGUGUGGGGGACUGCAGCCUGUUGCCAAGGAGUGAGGGGGAGCUGAGCCCCAGGUCCUGAAGAGGCAGGCAGGCCAGGUGGGCCCGAGAAAGGGAGCUCACCUGGGAGGGGCAGGCUGCCAUGGCGCUGCCGAUGGAGUUCAUCGUGCCAAGGGCUCAUGGGUCACUGGUUCUGUAAGUGCCAGGGGUGGGCAGGCAGUGGCACUGAGCCCCCUCCAACACUGUGUCCUGGUGGAGAAAGCACUGACCUGCCCCUUAAGUCCCCCUCUUCUGACGUGCCUUUGCACCCCUCCCAUUAGGACAAUCAGUCCCCUCCCACCUGGGAGAUCCCUUUUCUUUCUCUCCCCUGGCCCUUCCUGGCACCCAGCCACCUGCCCAGGGGUGCCCCCUCCUCUCAUCCCCUACCCUCGUGGCCAGCCUGGCUGGUUCUAUAAGGUACUGGGUUGGUGCCCAGUGAUUUUUUUCUUGUAAUUUAAACAGGCCCAGCAUUGUUGUUCUAUUUAAUGGACACGAGAUAAUGUUAGAGGUUUUAAAGUGAUUAAACAUGCAGACUAUGCAAACCAG